AUGAGAAAAAGUGAGACGAACGAUCUCCAAGCGUUUGAAAAAUUAGGACUUUGUUGUUUUCCUAUAUCACUCCCAAAAGCGUGGGAUACCUGUGUAUUCUUACGCCUGGCCCGCAAUCCCGUCCCCAGAGCCCACGUAGGUCACAUAGGUAAGAUCUUGACUGCUGGCCUCCAGGCAAAUCACUCUCAACAUCACUGCCGUCAAGUAACAGUUAUGGCCGUAAAACGAGGAAUUCUGGAAAGGCUCAAUAAUGAAGAGGUGAUAAUUGGUGAUGGAGGAAUGACAUAUGCACUUGAAAGGCGUGGCUAUGUGAAGGCUGGGGUGUGGACUCCUGAGUGUGUAAUGGAGAACCCAGAAGCAGUCCAGCAGCUUCAUCGUGAAUUUCUGAGGGCCGGUGCAGAUGUCAUACAGGCUUUCACUUUUGCUAUGCAAGAUAAACCCCUUGUUUCAGCUGGUUACAGUUAUAAGUGGAAUGAGAUAAGCCAUGCUGGUAGUUUGCUUGCCAAAGGGGUUUCUGGUGAAGGAGAGUUUGCCCUUGCGUCAGGAUCCCUGUGUGAGACAGGAUCUCUCUUCAGAAAGGGCCUUGCCUCAAAAGAGGAAAUACAGCAGAGAUUCCGAGAUCAGGUUCAAAUCUUUGUGGACACAGGGAUGGAUCUUAUCAUUGCUGAGUACAUCUCACAUGUCCAAGAGGCUGAAUGGAUGGUUGAGGUGAUAAAGGAAAGUGGGAUGCCCACGGCAGUUUCCCUGGCAAUAAGUCGUGAGGGUGAUCGUCAUGGCGUGCUGCCAGGAGAGUGUGCUUUGAGAUUGGUUCGUGCAGGUGCAGAUAUUAUAGGAGUGAAUUGCCGAUUCGACCCAGAGCGGAGCCUGGAUACUAUUGCCCUGAUGCAAGAGGCCAUCCAAAGGGAAGGGCUGAAAACUCACUGGAUGGUGCAGCCUGUUGGAUAUUGGGUCCCUGACGCUGGUCCAUCGGGCUUCACUAGUAUCCCAGAAAACCCACUAGCACUUGAGCCAAGGCUAAUGACAAGAAUUGAAGCUCAUAAAUUUGCGCGAAAAGCAUACAAUAUGGGUGUUCGAUACAUAGGAGGUUGCUGCGGAUUUGAACCCUACCACAUCAGGGCAGUAGCUGAAGAGCUGGCGAAAGAACGAGGUCGAUUUCCACCGGGCAGUGACAAGAGUUGUCUGUGGGGGAAGGCCCUAGUACAUCACGCGGAGCCUCAAAUUGCUCGAAGGGCAAAUCGCGAGUAUUGGGAGAAUCUCGAACCUGCCACUGGUCGGCCUUUCUCAGCAGCUUACGCCACCACUGAAGAUACCUGGAAGACGUCACAAGACGACUAAGGGGUCGUCCACAUUAACACAGAUACAAAAGUAUCCGGAUUUGUUUCGCCGAAAACGCAUCACUUGAUUCGCGUCCACACUAUCGUUUUCGCAGCGUGUUCGCCUGGAUCCAGCCGUCCACACUAACACGGAUUCAAACGUUUGAAAACGCUGAAAGCUACUGGGUGACGUCAUUUAUAUGAUAUGCGCGUGCUCAAAGCAGCGCACGCCUGCGAUAUGACGCCAUCGUUUUCAUUUUGAUACGGAUUCUACCACACUACGGACCAAAGUAUACGGAUUUAUUUUGAUUCACUUUCGACGGCGUUUUCAAAAGUAUCCGGAUUCGUGUUUGUGUGGACGGAAGGCCUAAACGUAUCAAAAAGCAUACGGAUCCAAACGAAUCCGUGUUAGUGUGGACGGCCCAUAAAAAAUAUGUAGAAUUGAGGGGGAAAUCUGAAAAAUAAGGUAGCUAGAAGACAGAAAUGUGACGACUCUGCUGGUGACGAAUUUUUUUUUAGAAUUACGCAGUAUUAAUUUAACUUUAUAGCGGAGCUCCAUACCUAAGAAAAAGUGGUAUAUAAAACAAAUAUGGUAACAAA